AUGGUUUUGCUACAAGAUCCAAGUAUCAAAUACACCAAGUUUGAUCCUCACCUCAAGCUGGAAGAUCGACAGUGGCCUUCCAAGACUUUUAGUAAACCUCCCAGAUGGCUCUCCACAGACCUUCGCGAUGGAAAUCAGUCCCUUCCUGACCCAAUGACGGUGGAGGAGAAAAAAGUAUAUUUUAAAAAGCUAGUGGAAAUUGGAUUCAAAGAAAUCGAGGUUGCAUUCCCCUCUGCUUCUCAGAUCGAUUUUGAUUUCACUAGAUGGUGCGUGGAGAAUGCCCCUGAUGAUGUGGCUAUUCAGGUUCUUGCUCCUUGCAGAGUCCCCUUGAUCAAGAGAACGAUUGAAUCCCUAAAAGGUGCCAAAAGGGCUAUUGUCCAUAUAUAUAUGGCUACGAGUGACUGUUUCAGAGACGUAGUUUUCGGACUCUCCAAACAAGAAACCAAGAAGCAGGCCACAGAAUGUACCAAAUACGUCCGUGACCUUACGAAGGAUAGUACUGAUCCUGCGAUACUGAAAACACAUUGGUUGUUUGAAUUCUCUCCAGAAACUUUCAGCGAUACCGAUCCGGACUACGCUUUGGAUGUUUGUGAGUCAGUAAAGGCUGCUUGGGAACCUUCGCUUGAAAACCCUAUCAUUUUCAAUCUACCUGCCACCGUAGAAAUGGCUACACCAAAUGUUUAUGCCGAUCAGAUCGAAAAUUUUUGUUCUAAAAUCUCCGAAAGAGAGAAAGUCUGUGUGUCUCUUCAUCCACAUAACGAUAGAGGUUGCGCGGUUGCCGCAGCAGAAUUGGCACAACUUGCAGGUGCUGAUAGAGUCGAAGGUUGUCUCUUCGGUAACGGUGAAAGAACUGGUAACGUUGAUUUGGUCACCUUAGCGCUAAAUUUAUACACGCAGGGAAUCAAUCCCCAGCUUGAUUUUUCUGACAUUAAUUCUGUUAUUGAUGUUGUUGAAAAGUGUAAUAAGAUUCCCGUUCAUCCAAGAGCUCCCUACGGAGGACAACUUGUUGUGUGUGCAUUCUCUGGAUCUCAUCAGGAUGCUAUCAAAAAGGGAUUCAAAAAACAUUCUGAGAGGAAAAGAAAGAUGGAAGAAGAGGACAAGAAAUUGGGUCGGAAGCAACCCCGUGUUUCUCACUGGAAAAUGCCUUACUUACCCUUGGAUCCUCAAGAUAUUGGAAGAACUUAUGAGGCUAUCAUCAGAGUCAACUCUCAGUCUGGUAAAGGUGGAGCCUCCUGGAUCAUUCUUAGAAAUUUGGAAUUGGAUCUCCCUCGAGGUUUACAAAUAGAGUUCUCUAAAGUUGUCCAACGUGAGACCGAGGCCAAAACCAGAGAACUAAAGACUUCCGAGAUAAUCAAUCUUUUUGAGGACAAGUACGUUGUGUAUCCAGAGAAUGAUGGGGUCAACUUGCGGAAGAUUGAUGCUUUUGAAUUGACUGAUUAUCAUAGUCAUAAUAACAAGGAGGCAGGUAAAAGAACCGUUAUUUCCACUAUCAAGAAUAAUGAUAGGACUAUCGAACUAUUCGGUGAAGGUAACGGACCAAUUUCCGCCUUUGCCAACUCUCUUGCCCGCCACUUCGGUAAGGACUUUGAUGUCGUGAACUAUCAUGAACACUCUCUCGGUAAAGAUUCUAACUCUCAGGCUGCAUCUUACAUCAAUUGUCGUAUUGGAACUAAUCCUCCUCUUUGGGGUGUUGGUAUCAACGAAGAUGUUACCAUUGCGGGAUUCAAUGCUCUCGUUAGUUGCUUGAACCAAAGCGUCAACAAGGGAUUUGUCAAUCUCCAAAACUAA